GCGCGUCUGACGGAGCGCGGGGACCAGGCGCCGCAGGAGCGCGCAGGACGGCGCGGGUCCGGGCAUGAAGCUGGGCCGGGCUGCGCUGGCCGUGCUGCUGCUGGCCCCGUGCGUGGUACGCGCAGUGGAGCCCAUCAGCCUGGGCCUGGCGCUGGCCGGCGUGCUCACCGGCUACAUCUCCUACCCACGCCUCUACUGCCUCUUCGCCGAGUGCUGCGGCCAGAAGCGGAGCCUGAGCCGGGAGGCGCUGCAGAAGGACCUGGACGACAAGCUCUUCGGACAGCAUCUUGCAAAGAAGGUCGUCCUGAACGCCGUGUCCGGUUUCCUGAGCAACCCGAAGCCUAAGAAGCCCCUGACGCUGUCCCUGCACGGGUGGACCGGCACCGGCAAGAACUUCGUCAGCAAGAUCAUAGCGGAGAACAUUUACGAGGGCGGGCUAAACAGUGACUAUGUGCACCUGUUCGUGGCCACGCUGCACUUCCCACACGCCUCCAACAUCACCCUGUACAAGGAUCAGUUACAGCUGUGGAUCCGAGGGAACGUGAGCGCAUGUGCGAGGUCCAUCUUCAUCUUCGACGAGAUGGACAAGAUGCAUGCCGGCCUCAUCGAUGCCAUCAAGCCCUUCCUGGACUACUACGACGUGGUGGACGAGGUCUCCUACCAGAAGGCCAUCUUCAUCUUCCUCAGCAACGCAGGGGCCGAGCGCAUCACCGACGUGGCCCUAGAUUUCUGGAGGAGCGGGCGGCGCAGGGAGGAUAUCAAGCUUAAGGACAUGGAGCAGGCCCUGUCUGUGUCCGUCUUCAACAACAGGAACAGCGGCUUCUGGCACAGCAGCCUCAUCGACCGGAACCUCAUCGAUUACUUCGUGCCCUUCCUCCCCCUGGAGUACAAACACCUCAAGAUGUGCGUCCGAGUGGAGAUGCAGGCCCGCGGCUACGCCAUCGACGAGGACAUCGUGACCAGGGUGGCCGACGAGAUGACAUUUUUCCCCAAGGAGGAGAGAGUGUUCUCCGACAAGGGCUGCAAAACUGUGUUCACCAAGUUGGACUAUUACCUCGAAGACUGACAGCUGCAGAGAAGCCUCCGCAUGCCGGGCAGGGUCCAGCGAGCGCUUCCUGAUGGACAUGACAGGAGUUCUAGGCGCUGCCUUCAUCACCUGGAGGCCACAGGCAGCCAUACCUUAGGGAGCGUGAACACGGCGGAAGCUUCCAGAACCUUCCAAGAGGAAGUGACCCGCUCCCAGCCCUCUUCCCAGGGCUCACAGAUUUUUAAAAUCAUGUGUUAAGGUGGGUGCAGUGGCACAUGCGUGUCAUCCCAGCACUCGGGAGGCUGAGGCAGGAGGACUGCUGUGAGUUCAAGACCAGCCUGAACUACAUAGCCAGAUCUUGUCUCAAAAAAAAACAAAGAUUAUGUUUUAAUGUCAAGUGUUGUUUCAAAGAAGAAAGAAUAAGUUUUACUGGCAAUGAGAUAACUUUAUUUAAGAUUGUUUUUAACUUUCUGAGAAACUCUUUGGAUUCUAAGUUGUUGGCUUUCUAUGUCUUAAAACUCCUGUCUCCACUGCCUAAAAGCCCUGGCUCUGGUCCUCCUGCCUCAGCCUCCCAAGUGCUGGGGUGACAGGCGUGCACCACCACACCCAGCUUAGGAGAGCCCCGAAAUAAACAGCUACCCCAUCACGGUCCUGAACAAUC